UUGAAGGUUAACCACGGCGGUACCCAUAUAUCCCUACGCUACUAUGCACGAAUUAAAUCUCGAAGGUGGUGUAAGUUAUGGUUCCUCACAUGCCACAUAUUUGUCUGUGGUUUCUGCACUAGAAGUACAUGAUCGAACUUUAUUCAUUGGGUCUUCAUCUGUAUCAGGGGAUAUAUGGGGUGGGUAUUUGGCUAUUUACAACCUGAAUAACUCUCGCGAAAAUUAUUUUGGUUCCACUGCAUAUGAAAAUGAAUUCACUGUAGUUGAUGACAUCUCUCAGCGAGUUGUUACAGAAACCACUUUUGACUCAUCUGUUACAUCAAUAUCACCCUUGAAUUUAAGUUACAGCGAAUUAAAUGAUGCCGUUGUAGUUGGUUUAAACGAUGGUUCUGUUCAGUUGGUUACAUUACGCAAGACGCCAGUAAAUUCGACUUCUUAUCAACCACAAUUGCAGCCAUUAACAAUCAAUUCUGCUACAUAUCAUGAUUGGCCAUUAGAGAAAGUGUUAGCCACUCAAAUCUCAGGAUAUACGAAUUCCCAUCUCAUGACUUUAGAUAUAUCUGGAUGUGUAAAAUUAUGGGAUUGUCAAUCUUUAAUGCCUAUUAAAUCAUGGAUUAUCAAUUCUACAACAUGGCCUGUUAAUGGUUCUGCUUUUUAUCCAGAUAUGUGUUUACAAUCCACUACUAGUUGUAAUAAUAAUAAUAAUACUAGCACGACAAUUCAAAAUAAUUCUGAAAAUAUUUUAUUAUCAACUUUAAAUCCAUUAGAUUUGAAACGUAAAAUUUGUUUAUGGGAUAUACGUGUCAAUGAUAUAACUAAUCCAAUUGUGAUUCAAUCAAAUAAUUGUUCAACUGUCACUCAGAAUAAUCAUAAUCAUUGUAAUGAUUUACCGACGGCAAUCAAUUGGUUUUCACCAAAUCAUUUGCUAGUUGGAACGUAUGAAGGUCAUUUAUUGGUUUACGAUAUUCGUAAUCCUAACAUGGAACUGUCCCAUGUAGACGCUACACAAUCAAGUAAAAAUUCCCACUUAUCCUCACAUCAAUGUAAACAAAUUGUGCAAAUUCUUACAUAUAAUAAUAAUUAUUCAAAAUCAUCAAGUGGCAUGUAUAUUGGCCUACUUCAAAUCAAUGGUUCAAUGGAUGUUUAUCAACAUAAUGUAACAUUGAAUAAUGAUAAUGAUAAUAAGAUGCUUACACAUGUCUAUCAUUAUUGUGAUGAAGAAGAUAAAAAAUCUAGUGGAAGAAUUAAACCAUGCGGUUUAUUUUUAUCAUCGAAUCUUGUCAAUCAUUCACAACAACCAUGGAGUUUACUAUUAUCAACUGGUAUUCUUCCUAAUGAUGAAAUAUCAUUGAUCAAUAAUGACAAUAAUAAUAAUAAUAAUAAUAAUAAUAAUUCAUUGUAUACUAACAAUCAUCAGAAAACAAUACCCAUUCAACUAGAUUAUCAACUUCGUGUACAUCCAAAUCUGAUUGAAACAAAUGUACCAGGAUUUAAAAAUCUCUCUAGAAUUCAUUACAUAAAAUUCUAUUGAAUAUUAAAUGUGUGUGUGCGUGUGCGUGCGUG